UAAAUAGAUGCACACGCAGAGCGCACAAGGCGAUCCAAUUGAAGACCGAGCACUGUCGAUGGCAUCGGCCAAGCUCCUCGUCACCGCCCUCGCGGCCCUGCUGGCGGCCGCCGGUGGCGCCGGCGCGAGGGAGUUGAGUCGGCUCGAGAUGACGUCCGCCGAGAUGAUCGCCGACGGCGGCGGCAUGCCGCUGAUCCACAUGCUCCGCCCGCUGCGGGGCUCCGGCGGCCGCCUGGGCCGGCGCGCCGGCGUGCCGUGCGACAGCUGGCGGUUCGCCGUGGAGACCAACUCCGUGCGCGGCUGGAGCACCAUCCCCGCCCGCUGCGAGAGCUACGUCGGCAACUACAUGAUGGGCGGCCACUACCGGCGCGACUCCCGCGCCGUCGUCGACGAGGCCGUCGCCUACGCCGAGGGCCUGCAGCUCGCCGGCGACGGCAGGGAGGUCUGGGUGUUCGACGUCGACGAGACCACGCUCUCCAACCUCCCCUACUACGCCAAGCACGGCUUCGGGGCCGAGCCGUACAACUCGACGCUGUUCGGCGCGUACGUGCAGGAGGCGAGCGCGCCGGCGCUGCCGGAGACGAAGCGGUUGUACGACAGGCUGCUGGCGCUGGGCAUCAAGCCGGUGAUCCUGACGGGGCGGCGCGAGGACAAGCGGGAGGCCACGGCGAGGAACCUCGCCGCCGCGGGGUACACCGGCUACGAGAAGCUCCUGCUCAAGCCGCAGGACGCGAGGGUGCACGCGGUGGAGUUCAAGUCCGGCGAGAGGCAGAAGCUGGAGGACGCCGGGUACGUCAUCGUCGGCAACAUCGGGGACCAGUGGAGCGACCUGCUCGGCGCGCCGGAGGGCGCUCGCACCUUCAAGCUGCCGGACCCCAUGUACUACAUCGGCUAGCUAGCUACCGAACAGCAGCAGAUUUAAAUAAACUCCUGAAUAACGUCCAAAUUUCAGUGUGUCGAAUAAAGAAGACGACCUGUUUACCAUUAAGGUGGAGUUGGGAGUGUUGGUCCUGUGCUAGCUAGUACAUUCAGGACACAAAAAGUGCGUUUACUAAUUGUGAAUGAAUGUAAACCAAACGGCGUGAUAAUAAUGGACAAUGAAUAAUUCACAUCAAGAACAUUUAGUUUCA